AUGCAGGCGGCGGCGGCUGCGUCCGUGCCCUUCUUGCUGCUCUGCGCCCUGGGGACCUGCCCCCCGGCGCGCUGCGGUCGGGCAGGAGACGCCUCGUUGACGGAGCUGGAGAGGAGGAACGAAAACCGCUUCCUGGAGCGCCAGAGCAUCGUGCCACUCCGGCUCCUCUACCGCUCGGGCGGUGAAGACGAAACUGGACACGACGCGCUCGACACGCGGGUGCGGGGCCACCCCGGCGGCGGGCAGUUGACUCAUGUUGACCAGGCAAGCUUCCAGGUUGAUGCCUUUGGAACAUCCUUUAUUCUCGAUGUCGUGCUAAACCACGAUUUGCUGUCCUCUGAAUACGUAGAGAGACAUGUUGAACAUGGAGGGAAGACUGUGGAAGUUAAAGGAGGAGAACAUUGCUACUACCAGGGCCGUGUCCGAGGAAACCCUGCUUCAUUUGUUGCAUUGUCAACAUGCCAUGGACUUCAUGGAAUGUUCUAUGAUGGGAACCACACCUAUCUCAUUGAACCAGAAGAGAAUGACACCUCCCAAGAGGAUUUCCAUUUUCAUUCGGUUUACAAAUCCAGACUGUUUGAAUUUCCCUUGGAUGAUCUUCCAUCUGAAUUUCAGCAAGUACACAUCACUCCACCAAAAUUUAUUUUGAAGCCAGCACCAAAAAGAAGUAAACGGCAGCUUCGUCGACAUCCUCGUAAUGUAGAGGAGGAGACCAAAUAUAUUGAACUGAUGAUUGUCAACGAUCAUCUCAUGUUUAAAAAACAUCGGCUUUCAGUUGUACAUACCAAUACAUAUGCAAAAUCGGUGGUGAACAUGGCGGAUUUGAUCUAUAAAGACCAACUGAAGACAAGGAUAGUAUUGGUUGCCAUGGAAACCUGGGCAGCUGACAACAAGUUUGCCAUAUCUGAAAAUCCAUUGAUCACCCUACGUGAGUUUAUGAAAUACAGGAGGGAUUUUAUCAAAGAGAAAAGUGAUGCAGUUCACCUUUUUUCGGGAAGUCAAUUUGAGAGUAGCCGGAGCGGGGCAGCUUAUAUUGGUGGGAUUUGCUCGUUGCUGAAAGGAGGAGGCGUGAAUGAAUUUGGGAAAACUGAUUUAAUGGCAGUUACACUUGCCCAGUCAUUAGCUCAUAAUAUUGGUAUUAUCUCAGACAAAAGAAAGUUAGCAAGUGGUGAGUGUAAAUGUGAGGACACGUGGUCUGGAUGCAUAAUGGGAGACACUGGGUAUUAUCUUCCUAAAAAAUUCACUCAAUGUAAUAUUGAAGAGUAUCAUGACUUUCUGAAUAGUGGGGGUGGUGCCUGCCUUUUCAACAAACCUUCCAAGCUGCUCGAUCCUCCUGAAUGUGGCAAUGGCUUCAUCGAAACUGGAGAGGAGUGUGACUGUGGGACCCCUGCAGAAUGUGUCCUUGAAGGAGCAGAGUGUUGUAAGAAAUGCACCUUGACUCAAGACUCUCAAUGCAGCGAUGGUCUUUGUUGUAAGAAAUGCAAGUUUCAGCCUAUGGGGACUGUGUGCCGAGAAGCAGUAAAUGAUUGCGAUAUUCGUGAAACGUGCUCAGGAAAUUCAAGCCAGUGUGCCCCAAAUAUUCAUAAAAUGGAUGGAUAUUCAUGUGAUGGUAUUCAGGGGAUUUGCUUUGGAGGAAGAUGUAAAACCAGGGAUAGACAAUGCAAAUACAUCUGGGGGCAAAAGGUGAUGGCAUCAGACAAAUACUGCUAUGAGAAACUGAACAUCGAAGGGACAGAGAAGGGUAACUGUGGAAAAGACAAAGAUACGUGGAUACAGUGCAACAAACGGGAUGUGCUUUGUGGUUACCUUUUGUGCACCAAUGUUGGUAACAUCCCAAGGCUUGGGGAACUUGAUGGUGAAAUCACAUCUACUUUGGUUGUGCAGCAGGGAAGAACAUUAAACUGCAGUGGUGGGCAUGUGAAGCUUGAGGAAGAUGUAGAUCUUGGCUAUGUGGAAGAUGGGACACCUUGUGGUCCCCAAAUGAUGUGCUUAGAACACAGGUGUCUUCCUGUGGCUUCCUUCAACUUUAGUACUUGCUUAAGCAAUAAAGAAGGCACUGUUUGUUCAGGAAAUGGAGUUUGCAGUAAUGAGCUGAAGUGUGUGUGUAACAGACACUGGGUGGGUGCAGACUGCAGCACUUACUUCCCUCACAAUGAGGACUCCAAGACUGGCAUUACUCUGUCUGGCAAUGGUGUUGCUGGUACCAAUAUCAUAAUAGGCAUAAUCGCUGGCACUAUCUUGGUGCUGGCCCUCAUAUUAGGAAUAACUGCAUGGGGUUAUAAAAAUUAUCGAGAACAGAGACAGUUACCCCAGGGAGAUUAUGUAAAAAAGCCUGGAGAUGGUGACUCUUUUUAUAGCGACAUUCCUCCCGGAAUCAGCACAAACUCAGCAUCUAGUUCUAAGAAGAGGUCUGCUUUUCUGUCGCAUUUUCAGAUUUCUGCCUGUUCCAUCACACAUUAUUCCAUUAGUCAGAACAUUUCAUUAUUUUGCAGCAGGUCUAAUGGGCUUUCUCAUUCUUGGAGUGAAAGGAUCCCAGACACAAAACACAUUUCAGACAUCUGUGAAAAUGGACGACCUCGAAGUAACUCUUGGCAAGGUAACGUGGGAGGCAACAGAAAGAAAAUCAGAGGCAAAAGAUUUAGACCUCGGUCUAAUUCAACUGAGAGGGAGCCCCAAGCACCUGAGCCUGGGCACUCCCUCGCCCAGACAGUCCCAUCCCAAGGCAUAAGCCCAGGGGGCUCUGACAGCCCCCAGACAGGGAGUCUGGAUCACAGGUAUUUAAACCCAUGGUUCAAAAGAGACUAUAAUGUAGCUAAGUGGGUAGAAGAUGUGAAUAAAAACACUGAAGGACCAUACUUUAGCUCUCAAGAUGGCCAGCGUCAGGAAGACAGGACUCUAUCUCCUGCCAAGUCUCCUUCUUCAUCAACUGGGUCUAUUGCCUCCAGCAGAAAAUACCCAUACCCAAUGCCUCCACUUCCUGAUGAAGAGAAGAAAGUGAACCGACCAAGUGCCAGGAAACCCAGCCUCACGGAAUCACUGCAAAUCUAUCUGCUCUUCAGACAAUACAGACCCUCUGAGAUGCCACAGAGGAGAGGAAGCCGAGUCUCACGUCUGGAUACCAUUUUCUUUUUGUCAUUGGCUUAG